AUGGCCAAGCCAUUUGCUGCUCAAGGCUCCGGAAGCUAUGCUGCCAUUUCGAUUCUUGAGAGAGAUUUCAAGCAAGAUAUGACGGAAGAAGAGUGUGUUGCUCUGGUACAGCGUGCCCUUCAAGCUGGUAUGCACGGAGAUAACGCCUCCGGAAAUAGUUUGAACCUCGUCAUCAUGCAACCAGGCAAAACCGAAUUCAGGGUA